AUGUUUCCAACAACUGUAGUAAAAAGCGCAACUGAAAUAUCUGAUGAUUCAAGCGGUAGUAGAAUAGGUCCGAUUAUAACUAUUCUUCUGGUUGUAUUUGUUGGUCUUGUUAUUGGUGGAUAUAUUGGCUAUCGUAAAUUAAAAGAACGACGUCGCAAUCACGGUGAAUAUCGACCACAGUUCGAAGAAUAUCAACAUGCCAAAAAUUUACCUUAUUUGCAGCCUCCUAGUAUUGAAGGACUUAUUUAA